UCUCACUUCUUCUUCAAAGUCGCAAAAUGGUGAUUUUCUACGUUGUUGGACUUGUCCUUGUUGGACACAUAUCGGCUCAAACAAGCCAACAGCCAGAACAAGUACAUCUAUCAAUCACAAAUAAUGUAACAGAAAUGGUUGUUACCUGGGUAACCAUGGACCUUACUACAGACUCUAUUGUUGAAUACAACAAGAAGGGUGGACCACUAGUCUUGAAGGCAACAGGAAGUGUAGAUAAGUUUGUUGACGGGUCUUCAGCUCAUCGUACUAUGUAUAUGCACAGGGUGAAACUAACAGACCUGGUUCCACAACAAUCAUAUGUAAUUUCUCCAACUACAGAUUCAGGUUUACUAUGCCUUUGUUUGAUAAUAAUCAAAAUAUGUACUACAGCAUCAAUAUUGGUCCAAUUCAUCUGAUAAGUUUCUCCUCGGAAUUCUACUUUUUUGGAGACCGAGAAGGCUAUGAUAAAGUUGGUGAGCAGUUUGCAUGGCUGGAGAAAGAUCUCAAGGAAGCAUCAGCACCAGAAAACAGAACCCUUCGUCCAUGGAUCAUCACCAUGGCUCAUCGUCCAAUGUAUUGUUCUAAUAAUGACCGUGAUGAUUGCUCAAAACAUGAGAGUAUUAUUCGUACUGGAAUGGGUGAGGACCAUAAGUAUGCCCUUGAAGAUCUCUUCUACCAGCAUGGUGUUGAUAUCGAGUUGUGGGCUCAUGAGCAUUCCUAUGAACGGUUAUUUCCUGUGUACAAAAGACAGGUGUGCAACAGUACCCGUGAAGCACCGUACACUAACCCUUGUGCACCUGUUCAUAUUAUCACUGGAUCUGCUGGAUGUUUUGAACAGCAUAAUUACUUUAAGCCUUUCUAUGGCCCAUGGACUGCCUACAGAACAGUUGACUAUGGCUAUACCCGCAUGCAGGCUUUCAAUGGUAGUCACAUCUACAUUGAACAGUUCAGCACAGACAAGGCUGCAGUCGUCGACAAGGUGUGGAUUAUCAAGGAAAAACAUGGAUAUCAGUGAAACCWCUUUAUAACUACUGUGUUCCUGUUUCUUUUUAUGAAUUUUGUAWUUUKUUUUGUACAUAUCAAUGGGGGGUAUAGGGUGAGAAAAAUUGCACAAAAUAACAACAUUGUUUUCACCUUGAAUGAAUGAAUUUCARUGCACACUCAAUUUUUUGAAUUAUGAUAUAGCAUCGAUAUAGCAAUGAACUUAGGAAUAGAACAACAGUUACUUUCAUUUAGUUUUUUUCUACAUAUCUUAUACAAUACUCUUCUAGACUAAUAGUACUUGUAACAGUUAAAAAAAUUCAGUGUUGAACAAAAUUACAUAUAGUCAACAUUUAUAAAAUUAAUAUAAUAUUAAUGGUUGUCAAAUUUAUAAUUUUUGGACAAUUUCCACAUUCUAAACACUGCUUCGUCUACGUUUGUAUAUGUUUUAUUUUCCGAGCWUUCAGAUCGUUCGAUCCAUCAUCAGGGACUAGUGAUACAAAUGAAUUAACUAGCGAACCGAAAGCUUGGAAAAUAAAACAUAUACAAACGUAGACGAAGCAGUGUUUAGAAUAUGACUCCUACGUACAGAGAAAUAUUAAAUUUCCACAUUGUUAAUUUAAUCUGUUAGCUCUGCUAUUUCUAAAUAAAUGUUUUUUGUCAUA